AUGUCAAUUGCAAACAUACCCGUCAUCAACUUUGAUGCUGAACGUAACGAUGAGGUUAUUAAAGAGCUUUAUGAAAUAAAGAGCAAUUUACCAAAAGAGCUUCGAUGUAAAGACUACAUAUUGGAAAACGGUCAGAUCUGGACGAGUUGGACGGUACGCGAAAGCGUUUAUAGAAAAAAAUAUGCAUCUUUCCCAACCAUGGCAAGAGGUCUCUUUACGCAAGUGACCAACGACGAUCAGCAAUACAUUGUUGCACGUGGGUAUGAUAAGUUUUUCAAUAUAUUGGAGACUGGAUUUACGCAAUGGCCAGCGUUGUUUAAAGAUACAGAAGGGCCAUAUGAGAUUACAGCGAAAGAAAAUGGAUGUAUCAUAUUCAUUGCUGCCUUAACACCUGCAGAAGUAGUUGUAACUUCUAAACAUGCAAUUCCUGCUGUAAAAACAGAUCCUACUGCCCACGGUGGUGUAGGCUACAAUUGGUUGCUACGACACCUUUCUUUGGUUGGGAAAACUGAAAAGGAUUUAGCAGAAUGGCUAUACGAUAAACGAAUUACUUUGAUAGCAGAAUUAUGUGACGAUGAGUUUGAACAGCAUAUCCUCCCUUAUACCGGCAAAGAUCGAGGAUUAUAUCUUCAUGGUAUCAAUUACAACACACACGAUCUAAACACAUUACCCGCUUCUACCGUUCAACAAGUUGCUAUAGAUUUCGGAUUUCAUACAAUCGACUACCAUCUGUUUGACAAUAUUUCUCAAGUUAAAGAAUUUGGAGAAAAUAUGCAGCAAAUAGGGUUAUAUAAGGAGAGAGAGGUGGAAGGUGUCGUUGUUCGAUUCACUAAUGCCAUGUUAGAAAGCAAGGAUGGUGAUGUUCGUAUUAUAGAACCGAAAAAAACUUUGAAAUUAAAUUAUGAGAAAACACAGUAUUAUAUUGAAUGGCUACGGAAACGCGUUGUAAGUAAUCCAGACUGGUUCAAGAAUUAUAAGGCUCAAAAAGGCAUCAUCUUCGUUCGCCAGGAGUUUGAAAAGUUCUGGAAUGAAGGGAAAAUUUCCGAAGAAUAA